AUGCCCAUAGGCGACCCGGUGUACAGCGACGAGGAGUCGGACCUGAGCGACUACGCCGGCCCCGAUGACGAUCUCGGCUUCGACUUUAACUUCAGGACCCCGAUCGGUGGGUUGACCGUCGCGGUGCCCCCCGACGCGCGCGGCGGGGAACGCGCGCGUCUCCUCCGAGGGGACGUCGCGGACGAAUCCGCGGAGCGCGCGAAACCCCCGCGCCUUCUCCGCGAGAUCCCCGCGGGCCACGACGGGCACGGCCGGCCCCAGUGCGGUCGCUUCAAUCGCGACGGCACCCUGUUCGCGUACGGGUGCGACGACGGCGUCGUGCAGGCGUUCCACGUGGACACCGGCCACCGCGCCGGCGUCGCGUUCGCGCCCUCGCCCAACGUCCCCAAGGGCGUGUGCACCGCGCUUCGCUUCCUCCCCGCGGGCGACAACGCCAACGUGUGCGUCGUGGCCACAUCCGCCGGCGUCAUCCAACACCACCACCUGACUUCGGGCAAGACCCUCGGGUCGCCGAUCGUGGAGGCGAACAACGGCGUGUUCGCGCUGGACGUCCGCGCCGACGGCGCCACGUUCGCCACCGCGGGCCGCGACGGGGGCGUGCGCGUGUACGACGAGCGAACCGGUCGGUGCGUCACGCGACUCGACGGAGGAACCGACGCCGGCGAAGACGCGUCAUUUUCCGGCCACGCCGAUCGCGUGUUCGGCCUCAGGUACCUCGCUUCGAACGCGGACGUGCUGGUGAGCGGCGGGUGGGACAACACCCUGCGCGUGUGGGACGCGCGCGUGGCGGACGGGCGGUCCGUCUUGACCCUGCGGGGUCCCCAGGUGUGCGGCGACGCUGUGGACGCCGAACCAACGGGGACCGGGCUUAGUGCUGGUGCAGGCUUGGUGCUGGUGGCGUCGUGGAGAGACCGCGACGCGGUGCAGGUGUGGGACCUGCGCGCGGGGGUGGCGUCGGCGAACCUGCCCUUCGGCGCGUGCGCGGGCGCGAGGGGGUGCAAGCCGUACGCCGCGAGGUGGGCCGACGGGGGCGUCGCGUACGUCGGAGGGUGCGGUUCAAACGAGUUUCGCGCCAUCGACGUAAAGUCCGGUGAGACGAUGGGUCGGGACGUCUUCGGGGGAGACGGGGCGGUGCACGCGAUCGACGUGAGCGGGGGACUGGUGGGGGUGACGUGCGCGGACGGCGUGCGCGUGUACGAGGCGGUGAGAUGA